UUGAGGGCAGGAUUCAGAUUACAUCUGUGUAAUCCAUUUGUUGCAGCCGAACGAGUAACGUCGAUCGGUAAGGACUGGCACAGACCGUGUCUCCGAUGCGAAAACGAGGCAUGUAAGAAGACGCUUGCUGCUGGAGGACACUCAGAGCGUGACGGAAAACCAUACUGUAAUCGAUGCUAUGGCGCUUUGUUCGGACCUCGAGGUUACGGUCACGGUGGAGUAGAAUCACAUACUUUCCACCAUGGGCAGACUGGAAAGGUACGAUAA